GAUAGCUCAAGGAGUAAUUCUGGUUGCACACCGGCGAUAAGGCUACCCCCGUUAAGGAGGAAUUCAUUGAAUUUAUAUAUAACAAGGAUGUUAGUUGACUUCAAAACUGGGACAGAGUACAAGAACGAUGACCGUAGGAUACAGCAAGGAUCAGCCUCAAGGCUUCACCAAUCGCAUCGAAAGGAUUGCCAUUGUCGGGGCCGGCGGUUCAAUUGGAAAACAUCUCACAGAGCAACUCCUCAAAAACGGCAACCAUGUUGUCACAGCCAUCACCCGCCCUAGCAGCACCAACAAGAUGCCUGAGGGCGUACAAGUCGCUCGAGUCGAUUACGGGAACGACGAUGACGCAGCUCUUGUGGAGGUCCUCCGUGGUCAACAGGUCCUUCUGAUUACCAUGAACGUCAUGGCUCCCCCCGACACCACCAUCAAACUCAUCCGAGCCGCCGCGAAGGCCGGUGUCCCAUAUAUCGAGCCAAACUGGUACGGCCAUGACGCGGCCAACGACCCCCUCUGUGAUGAUAGCAUGCUCAAAUCCAGACGUGACCUUUUGAUUGCAGAAAUCAAGCGUCUCGGCGUAAGCGCUUAUCUGUUCCUCGUAUGCAAUUUCUGGUACGAGUUCAGCUUGGGUGGUGGAAGUGACCGAUUUGGGUUCGAUUUCACCAAGCGCACAUUCACCAUUUUCGAUGAUGGCAAUGUGCCCAUCAACACGAGCACGUGGCCUCAGUGUGGUCGGGCCAUUGCGAAAUUGCUCAGUUUGAAGGAACUGCCCGAGGAUGAGAAUGACAAGUCCCCUACAUUGUCCCAGUUCCGGAAUCGCUCUGUUUAUAUUUCGAGUUUUAGAUUGACGCAGCACGAUAUGUUCGAGAGUGUCAAGCGCGUCACCAAGACGACAGAUGCGGACUGGACCAUCACACAUGACUCGAUUCCGGAGCGGUUCAAGGAAGGACAAGAGGGUAUGAAGGUGCACAAUUGGGAGGUGUUCACCAAGAUGCUUUACAGCCGGAUGUUCUUCCCGAAUGGUGAUGGGGACUAUGAGUCCAAGCGGGGUCUGGACAAUGAACUACUUGGCCUCCCGGAGGAGGACUUGGACGAGGCCACGGCGGAGGGGAUCCGGAUGGGAGAGAACAAGGAGGUGCCGUUCUCUCAUUGAACAAUAGAAAACGAUGUGGAAAUAUACGUAUUCUUAUAUAUAAGACAUCUAUACAGUAAUCGAACAGAUCUGAUUUGUAACAUGUGGACUUGGAGACGGACAAGUUCAAAUGUUGCCGAACC